CCUUUCCGAUCGAAACGUAAACAAACGCAGAAAAUUUUGGAAAAUUUCGAGAUUUUCCUAAAAUUUAAGCCUUUUCGGGGGUAAAAAAAUUGCAUUCAAGUUGUUUCGCAGCUCCUGCCUUGAUUCUCGUUGGAAAACCAAGCCUUACCGGCCCUGGAAACCGUGUAAACCGUGCAGACACUCGUUGUUUUGGUCUCCGGUGAAAAAGCCAGUGAAAAGGACUAAAAUGGACGCACACCGGGAGGCAAUCCAAAAACAGAUCCACCAAGACUGGGCCAACCGAGAGUACAUCGAAGUGAUAACAGCCAGCAUCAAGCGCAUCACCGACUUCCUCAACUCGUUCGAUAUGUCCUGUCGAUCCCGGUUGGCGGUGCUGAACGAAAAACUUACCACCCUCGAACGGCGAAUCGACUAUCUCGAGGCGUGCGUGACGAAGGGAGAAACGUUGCAAUAAUAGUUCCCAGGCCAGAGGCCAUGGGGUAGCACAAGGUAUGGACGGACAAUAAGAUACCUCUCUGUGGACAUCUUUCGCCGGUGCAAAAACCCUGCUGCCAAUCAACUCAGUGUCAGGAAACCGAAGAAUGACGAUUUCAUGAACCUUUUUUUUCGGAACAAAUAGAGUAUCCACCACUCAUGAUCGUAUUAGACCGGGGAGACGAUUAGGUGAUAGUGAGUAAUAGAAAAAUGUGGAAAUUUCCGGGACGCAUAGCAUAGGGUUGGUUUUCUGGAAUGACGUCGGUUUCCGUAUCAUGGAGUGCUUUCCAAUGGGCAGCAGUCCGACAUAAGACAGUUUUUGCUAACAUUUAUUUAUACUUUCCAUAUCCGUAUAAGUUCUUUCUUGUAGCGAUGUAGCGAAGUGACGAAGGCAAUCGAGAGGUGAGUCACCUCCUGUCCUAUCUUAUCACAAGACGAAUGAAACGCUUUCCAGUAUGAGUAGUUGUAUUUCGGAAAAAAUACUUGUUCUUUCGUUCGAAGACAAAACGGAAAAGAAAAACGUUUCGGAAUCAUGCAAUUAGAACAUUCAGAAGUUCGAUAAAUGAAAAAAAAUAAAUAUUUUACUUUAUUUUUCUCAAUCUUAAUCACGAAACAAACGCAAACGUUAC